AUGCCUGAAAAGAAGAGAUCGCGGAAAGGUCGACCUCGUGUACCAACAGGAGGUUCUGCCAGAGGGACUACGAUAGUAUGGGGUGAUUAUGGCCUCCGGAUGUGCGAUCAUCACCGGAGAGUUAGUGCAUCUCAAUUGAAGAAUGGAGAAGAUGCUAUUAAAGUCCGACUGAAGGGCAUGCGAUACCGGCUGUAUAAGAGGGUGUGUGCCAGCAUUGGUGUAUACAGCAGUGGAAAUGAGGUUCGUAUGGGUAAAGGAAAGGGUUCAUUCGAUCACUGGGCAUCUAGAAUCGCUGUCAGCAAAGUGAUCUUUGAGCUGAAAGGAGAUAUUCACGAGCAAGUAGCAAGAGAUGCAUUCCGACUAGCUGGAAACAAAAUGCCAGGCAUGUACGAGUUCGUGAAGAAGGGAGAUCCUCCUGUCGUCGGUAUCACGAAGUUGGAUGGAGUCACAAUGGAGGAGCUCAAAAGACCGAGAAGGAAGAUUCCCUUGGGCUCAAUACCUGCCGGCUUGAUAUCAGAGACUACGUCGACCACAGUAUCAACAUCUACUUCCCCAGAAGCAUAG